AUGAGACGAUUUUCAUCGGAUUUUAAUCAAAUUGAAAACCAAAAUAAAAUUGAUUUUAAUGGAUUAUUUUAUAAACAUCCAAAUACGAUAAUUAUCGAUUAUGACACCAAUUUCGAUCUAAUAAAUACUCCAUGGAAUGAAUGUUUACAUCCAUUUUUACAAUUAAAAUAUCAAAAUGACGACGACGAUGAUGAUGGUGAUGAUGAUGGUGAUCAUCAACUAUAUUCAGCAUUAAAAGUUGUUGAUCUAAAAAAUGAAAAAUAUUACAAUGAAUUGUGUUGUGUCGAUGAAAUACGUGAUUAUGAUGAAACAUCUUUACAUUUUGAAGAAAAUUUAUUUAUUCGUUUUCAUAAAUCUUAUGAUAAACUAAAAGCCAAAUUAAUAAGAGUAUGGAAACUUCAAGAUGAUAUUAAAGGUAUUCUAUUGAAUUCUAUUUUAUAUCAAUGGGCAUUCUGUUUAGAUGAAAUUGGUUCAACAACGAUGAUGAUCAUGACUAACAAUAGAACGAAUAAAAAUGAAAAAUCUAAGAUGAAAACAAAAAUAUUUGAAUUAUUAGAAAAAUUUAUUAAAACAAUAGACAGUAUUGACAAUGCUGAGGAUUCAACAAAAAAAAAUUGUUACUAA